AAAAAUAUUGUAGUCAUGUACAAAGCAUUUUGAAUAGACAAUGUUAGAAAGGUUCCCACUACGCGUUAGUUUCCAUUGUAACCGCUCAUAGUUACUUCCUGUUUUAGUCUCGAGUCACACAUGCUAGGUGCAGCCACAUGUUGAGAUGUGCGAGGGAAUGUUGAUUUGUGUGCGUCCGUGAAUGAACGUUAGUAUUUUUCCUUCAUUCUGGAGGGUUCCAGGUAUAGGUUGGAGCGGGCGGGUAGUCAUCACUCCAAGUCGGCAAGCAUUGUUUACAUCAUAUUCUGUUGCACAUUUAUGCCCUGAGGUGACGUGUUCGUUUAGCAUCUUUGGGAUGUGGUAUAAGUCCGAUGUGGUGGCAAUUUAGCAAAAUUACAGCUAAGCUAAAUUGACAGCGUGUGUGUACGAGGGUACUUCUGCCUAAUUCAUGCCUGCCCCCACCUUAGUGUUUAUUGCACAAUUCAUUUUUGUGUUGAUAAUUAUUGUGCAGUCAAUUUGCAUUGUUUUACAUUGACACUGAUCUGCUGUUAACCCUAACCGCUAAACCCUAAUCCUAACCUAAUUACCUUAUAUAGUUAAAAAGUGACUCAGACUUUGGUCAAACUCUAUUUAAACAUUUAUAAUGUUAUACUAGAUUGCAAUAUUUAGUCACAAUAUACAAACUAUGAUGCUGGGAGCCAUUAUCAGGAGUCUUGUUUGUUGUGAAAACAACACUCAAAUGAACAUAAAUCACAAUGCAAUCGCACUGAACAGGAAACUACAGCGUCGGUCGAGGGACAAAACGCACUCAUUGGCUUGAUCUCUUAUUAAUUUAAAACUUGCCAUUGACACCUUGUGGUGUAUGUAAAUCACUACUUUACGUAGUUAAACAGUGACACGGUAAGGCACAGGUGUCAAACCGAUUCUAGAAAGGGUCGAGUGGGUGCAGGUUUGCUUUCCAACCAAUGAAGAGGACACCUUUUCACCAAUCAGAUCUUUUCCGUGUGUAAUCAGUUAAACUUUGUCAGGUGCUGCUUGUUUCAGUAGGAAGUUCAUUGGUUAAACUCUCUGCAUGGUAUCUGUUGGAACAAAAUCCAGCACCCACUUGGCCCUUUCUGGAAUCUGUUUGACACCUGUGCUGUGUAAGGUAUGGCAGUGUGGCCAUGUGAUGUCACCGCCCUGCGACGUCAACAAUAAGAGUGUGACAGUAUCUCGAUACAGCGAUAUAUUGCGAUAUUUUGCAACCUGAUCGGUUUAUCGAUAUGCUCCCGCCAAGUAUCGAUACUUUUAUUUGACAUACAAUGCAGUAUGGAUACUGUAAACUGCUCAAUGUUUGUUGAGCAAUUCCUUGGCGGUCCUCUAGGGGCGCUCAAGAAUGACGGUGAAGGUAAAGUGCACACAAGUCGUCUAGAGAAGAAGAGCAGAAGCUCCAUGUAGGUUGAAAAAAAAAAAAAGCUUUGUGAGAACUGUGGAGGAAAAAGUGAGAAAUAUAUUGCUACAAAUCACACAUGUGGACACACUUUAGGUUUUCACCAACAAAAAAAGAAGUAAGGUGAACAAGGAUUUUGCUGUAUGAAAGAAUUGUCUAACAAAAAUAAGGUUCACUGGCAGCUGGUGACGAAUUGGACACUGGAUUUCUUCACUCCUUCCCUUUCAUCACUUGAAGUGAGGAAGAAUGUGACUGACUGAGUCCGACAUCUCAAAAGCUGAAGUAGAUGGUGGAAGUGCUCAAACCCAUGCUUUGGCAACAAAGAUGCUUCCGUCACGUGACCGCGGCCGAUGGUCAUUGGUCGGGCCGGAAAGCUAAAAACCGCUUGGCGCUCUGCGGGCUCAAGAGUUUCGGGCGAGAGUGGGAAGAGAGGAACUAAACGAGAGAGGAGAGCGAUUGAGGUCAGAAGAAGCGUGGACGGGAUGGUCUAACCAAAGAAAUGAGGAGCCAACAGCUGAAUGAAUGUGAAGAAAACCUGAGCUUUAACCAACAAACCUAAGACUGCGGGACUCCAGUCCAAGCAAACCAAAGCUUUUCUCAAUACCAAAGCGAACCGAAGCACUUCCAUCACCUGCAGUGUAUGUCACGGCAUCCCCCAAAAAUGAAGGGUGAUAGUACACAGGGAGACAUGAGUACUUGGAGGGAAGUUGACUUCGCUCUCAACUGUACCUACAUCGUGCCGGAUCAGGUGUCCAACCUGAGUUUUAACCUGCCCAAAGCCAUGACAUCUAUUCCACGCAAUCUAGCGUUCGAGCACAACAAAGACAACGAGGUGAGUGGUGUGUUCAGCAAAGAGUAUAUCCCUCGGGGGACCCGAUUUGGACCCCUGCAGGGAGACAUCUACACCAAAGACAACGUCCCCAAACAGGCCAACAGAAAAUAUUUCUGGAGGAUUUACAACAACGGCCAGCUUCAAAACUUCAUCGACGGCUACGACGUCCACAGGAGCAACUGGAUGCGCUACGUUAACCCGGCCCGAUCGCUAAGCGAGCAGAACCUGGUGGCCUGCCAGAACGGUCGAGAUGUUUACUUCUACACAAUCCGGCCCGUGGAGCCCAAACAGGAGCUGCUGGUGUGGUACAGUCAGGAGUUUGCCCAGAGAUUGUGCAGUCAGCAAGAGAAUACCAAACACAAAAGCAUGAAUGUUGACGAUGAGCAAGAGCACACCAAGCAGCACGUCCCUCAACAGAUAUGGCCCAAGGAGAGAACGAAGGAAGAAGUAAAAGAGGAGAGAAACGAUGAAGAAGUGGAUGUGGAGAUGUUGGGAAGAGAUACCCCUCCUGACACUCCUGAUGACCAAAUCAUGGAUUUCAGCAAAAAGAUUGAAAAAGAAGAGAAAAGCGAUCCUGAGAAUCGCGUCUUUGCCGCGUCCCCUCAACCUGAACAAAAAGAAACAACUCACGGAGUGAAUCCGCCUUACUUACCCGAAAAUAUUGCGGCGUUAUCAACCGAUCAACGAAAUAUACCUCUUCACCUGCACGGCCUUUACGGCCACAGAGAAGGUUUAGUGUCGUCUUAUCCUCUUUACUCUCAAUCCAGACCUCUCCAACCGGCCUACCAGCUCCUUCCCCCAUUCACUUCGCACUACCCACGCCUCCUCCUCCCUUCAUAUUCUCCUCCGUUUCCCGGAAUGCUUCCCUCAAGAGGAACCCUCAGAUACGGCAACUAUCUGGGCACGGACGGAAUCCCCUAUCCGCAUCUCAGCACCCCUAACCUCCUCCCUAUGACCCUCCCUUACCCUUCGUCCCCGCAGGGUGGUCUCAAAGAACUCACCCCUAACGUAUCCCCGCCACGGGGCGCCCCGGCCACGCCCGAACUUUCACCUGUCCCCAAGCCAACCAACCAGAUUCCUUCACCUGAGCAUAUUUCUUCUCACUGCGAGGAGGCGAUGAACCUCACGUUGGACAUUACCAAAGGCAAUUCCGGACUGCGAAAUCGUCCCGGGCAUAAAUCUUUGCCCUAUCCGCUGAAAAAGCAGAACGGAAAGAUCAAGUAUGAAUGUAACAUCUGCUCCAAGACUUUUGGACAGCUGUCAAAUCUUAAGGUUCAUCUUCGAGUGCACAGUGGCGAAAGACCGUUCCAGUGCAACUUGUGUAAAAAGAGUUUCACUCAACUGGCCCAUCUACAGAAGCACCACCUCGUUCAUACAGGGGAGAAGCCACAUGAGUGUCAGGUGUGUCAAAAACGUUUCAGCAGCACCAGCAACUUAAAAACUCACCUCCGACUUCACUCCGGGGAAAAACCUUACCAAUGCAAACUAUGCGGCACCAAAUUCACCCAAUACAUUCACCUCAAGCUGCACCGCCGCCUCCACAGCGGCCGCGAACGUCCUUACCGCUGUCCGCUAUGCUCGCAGGCCUUCUUCCACCGCUUCUCCCUUCGCAUCCACCAACGCAGCUGCUGCCCGGCCAGCUCGGCCGUCGACGUCCACGCCAAAGAAACGCUGGAGCGCUUCGACGCCGGCCAGGAAGCCGACGCGCUGGCGGAAACGGCGUCGGCGGCACAAGUGGAGGAAGCGGUGGAACGCUGGCUGGCUCGUACUUUGGAGGGUGAUGGGAAAGAGGACCAACGAGAGGCUACGUUUCUACUUAAAGCGCUGAGCCUGGCCAUCAACGCUCCGGAGCGCGGGUCGGCGCCGGUCUAUCAGGAAAGAGCUAGCGUCGUCCAUCUUCACAAGCGCUCGGCGGUGAAAGUGGAAGCUUAAACAUGGACAAGUAACUAGAAAUUGCGUGGGGAUGCUUUGCUGUCUGAUCUAUCACUUCCUGAAUAUUUUCAGUCACUUCCUAUACAUUUUGGGGCACUUUCGGGUCACUUCGUUGGUUCAUUCACCCUUCCAACUCAAAAUGGUUUGGACGUCUAGCACUCUCAAUGGCACCGAAAUAGUUUAAAUGUCUAUGUUGUCAAUUGCAGGCAAUGAAUUUUGUUCACUUUUAUAGGCCAAGAUUGAGGGAGGCAGGGGGGCAAUAAGAAUUUUUCACGUAAGGCCUAAUUUUCGAGUUAGCAGGAUUUAAUUAGUUGACGGAGUUGAUUUCAACAAAUUCCAUGCAGUUUUUUUGUAGUUAUUUGUUAGUUUCAGAGCUCCGGAGUGGCUAAGCUAGCGCGAGUCAAUGGUGCCUGCUUAGCAUACCAGUAAAAAACAACGUAUGCACACAUGAGAAUCAACGAUGACCCGUGCAAUCAAUUGUGUUGGCUAUGUUUUCAGGAUAAAGUUAUUAAAACUUACAAUUACAUGUAAGUAAUUGUAGUAUGAACAACAUUAUUUGUAAUCCAGCAGCUCUGCAGGGAACAGUCUGUCUAGGCAAGCAGGGCGGAGUAAUCUAGCAUCGGUUUUUUUUCAUUGCUGAUUUUUUUUCUUGGGAAUGAAAAGGACUCCCCAGCAGAAUGAGCACGAGUGGCAAAAGCAGUCCUCUCUGUAGUGGUCGCAUUACGCAUCUAAAAAAAAAUAGUCCCACAAAAUAAAAUGAAUGACGGCAGUUUGGUGUGACAUUGUUUUGGCAGUUUUUGCAAUUUGAAUUGAUUUGACUAUAUUAGACUCAUUUAAUAUCAUUUUUUAAUUGUUGGGCUAAACGGGCACCAUUGACUUGCGCUAGCUUAGCCACUCUGGAGCCCUGAAACUGACAAACUAGACGUUAAAAUGUUUUUUUAAAAUAGUUGCAAAGCAAUUAAACAGACAAUAAAAAUGAAAAAUUAACAAUAAUCCGACAGUAUUUCAUAAUGGGUCAAAAUUAUUUUUCGAACAGAUCAUGUGACUGGCACCUUUGCUUUGCUUAGCCAAAACUACACCCGUGGAGACAAGACGGAUAUUUAGAAUUUCUUUAAACCCAAGAUUUCAAAAGCUCCCACAACAACAGAUCUUGAACAGAGGAUUGAACACAAACAGUGUCAAGAUGUAUAUACAUAUAUAUAAUGUAAGUUAAUUUUAUUGCUGACACUGCGUUUCAGAGUCAUCAGUCAUGUUUUGCCCCCCCCCUCCCCCCCCAUAAAAAAGUCAAACUCCGCCUAUGGUCUCUUCCUUGUGAAUUUCGAAACAUUUUCUGAUGAUUUUGGGGCAUUACUUAGUUAAUUCCUGUUUAUUUUGGGUCACUUUUUUCUGGUAGUCAGUUUUUUUGGGUGGGAGAAAAAUAGUGACCAGGAGACGGAGUGGCGGAGAUUUUUUGCAGGUUCAAAAAAGUCACUUUCUGUUGAUUUUGAUCACUUCCUGAGGAUUUGGGGCCAUUGCCAGGUCACUUCCUGUUAAUUUGAGGGUUUUUUUUGUGUGUGUGUGGGGGGGGGGCUUCAAAAAUAGUACCGACCCAAAAAGAUUUUUUUGCCGGCUCAAGUUGAAAAUCAAUAGGAGUGAAUAGACACAUUUUUGUGUGUGUUAAUGUGCCAUUGGAAAUAAAUAGGGCCAUUGAAAAUGUAUGGGGAAAUUUUUGUCAAAAUUUUUUUGCGCCUUGAUUUCACGAUUUUAUUUGUGUGUGUGUUUUUGAUGAAUUAUGUGAAUGGGACAAAAA